AUGGUGGCUGGGCGUUUGAUCGGCGUGGCGUUUGCCAUUCCGUUGCUUGGGGCUCUGGGGUGGACGGCGUACACCAGCAGGGGUGUGCGAAAUGUCGUUGUGAGGAAUCCGCUGGAUAUAUCGCCGUAUUGCCGCGAGGCGGCUGCAAGGACGAGGCGGAAUGGUGUUCCGUGUCUGAUUUGUGCGUUCGAAGUGCCUGUCGUGGUUUCAACAGCGAAAAUGCGACGUGAACUCGCAUGCCACCCAUCCGAUGGGGCACUCUAUGCAUUGCAUGCUCUGCUGUCCGGUUGUUUUAUACGUGUGGAAGUGAUUGCGACAGCCUUCACGUCGCGUUGGCGUCUUUCUGAUGCGUAUAUCUGUUGGAGAUCGGUCAGCCGGUCUGUCCUUUCCGAGAAUCGUCGUGUGGCGAUACGGCAGAAGCAGCAGUGGUGUCAUGACACGAGUGGUUCCGUUGACUUAUCCUCAACAUAUGGAGAGUGGGAGGUGCUCUGUGCGCAGAAUGAGAAUUCUGCUGGCCGUAAGGAGGCUGUGUUAACGCAUGGGCCCGAAGCGAUUAUUGUGUCGCUUGAGCCGGUCGUUGAGGGAAGUCGUCAGGCGGUGCUCCGUCUUUGUUAUUUGGUGCAGCCCUUUGAUGGGUUUGAAAGAAAUACGAUGGCAGAGCGAGUGGCGUUGUGGGGUGCAGAAAAAUACGGCAAGUUGUUGACAGCACAGACGGCAUACGCCCUUGAACAAAUGGAGGCGUUUUGA